AUGCCGCCUAAAGGCAGAAGGAAAGACGCUGCUACCCAGUGUGCGCCAUCUAAAGCGCCGCCAAGAGCUGAACAGCCACGGCCAAACUGGCCAGUUCUUCACCCUCUGCUAUCAGAUGCAGAUUUGCACAUGCAUGAACUGCUUGCGGGUCAUAUCGUCACUAUUGCCAAUUUCUGGACCUCUACGCUUUGUAAAAACUAUACGAGUUUCCUGUCAUCCCUGCCUCUGACCACGACGCCUGGUAAACCUAAAAGAGGCGACGCUGUUAGAGUCAAUGAUCGCUUCCAGAUAGAUGAUCCCGCAUUUGCAGAGCAAUUAUGGAGCGGCACGGCACUGAGAGAUCUUGUUCUGGGCAACUUGGAGGAGACCGACGGGCUGUCCAUCCCUAAGGAUAGCCGACAAGCUCUAUGGGGCGGUGAAGUCGUAGGUCUCAAUCCGAACAUCAGGAUUUAUCGGUAUAGCAAAGGGCAGUUUUUCGAUCAGCAUUACGACGACUCCAACAACGUGACGAUUCCUGGGACGCCUCCGAUUCAAGCAAGGACCACCUGGACCCUCCUUCUGUAUCUCACCUCUGCGGCUACUGGCUGCAUAGGUGGCGAGACGGUGUUCUACCCAGAUCCAGCACCUGGGAAGAAAUCACGGAGCAAGAAAGAAUCGCCGCCUGACCCAAUAGUCGUGGAACUUGAGAUCGGUAUGGCCUUGUUGCACAGGCAUGGCGCGGACUGCAUGUUACACGAAGGAAGGGAGGUACUAGAAGGAGAGAAAUGGGUCAUCCGGAGCGAUCUGUGUGUGCGGCGAUGA